ACGCUGUUUGAUCAUUGUAAAAAAAACCGCCGUUAAAAAAUGAGAAUUAGGUCAGCGAGCUAAUGCAGUUGGUUGUAACAGUUGUCUUUUCAUUCAUGGAGCCUUACUCGACGCUUGCCGGGACACAUAACAACCUGUUCGGAAGAGGGUGAGAGAUGUGCGGUGUUGCCAGCAUCUGUAGACGGGAGUCGUAGCCGUUAGACCGGUCCAUUUGUGCGCGUGCCUCCCACCGUCUGUUUUGGACACCGACAGACGAUCCCGGUGAACGUCCGCGCUACGGUGCGUAACCGGCCCGGGUGGCGCUGAAUGGUUCGCGGCUGGGAAGGACAGACGUCGGGAGCUGCUCGGGUGAAACACCCCGCGCCUCGCCCCGGAAAGCCAGACAGUAACACGGCGCACGCUGGUGUAGUUGCAACAACUGAAAAGUCUUGGUACGUGAAGAUGACUUCCAAAGACAUGUGAGCCUCAAGUCUUCUGCCUAAAACUGCAUUUACUCUAGAUAGACAUUUGCACAGUCUAAUGAUGUCAAGCCGCCGAAAAUCAACAACGCCUUGCAUGGUGCUGCCCUCUGAUGUGGUGGAGCAGUUACCAUCUGAUGAGCUUGAGGGGAUAACUGAAAGAACAAAAGAAGAUCAUACUGAUGGGGUGGACGGGACAGUAGAUAAGGUUCCAACAGCAGAGGAACUGGAUCAUACAGUAGUGGUUGUCCCUACCCUACCAGAUGCUGGCGAAUCCAACAACUUACAGGAGAAAGAUGCACUGAGUCUAAAGUGUAGCACCACAAACGCCCCAGAGUGUCGGAGCAGCGACCAGUAUCAGCAGUGUGACAUGCCUGAGGAAGCAGAAGCAGAUGCCACAACUGUUGCCGCCAUUUCUCUCAGCAAGACCCCGAUCAUGAGGAUGAAGACCAAAUCUGAACCCAAGAAAAUCACAUCUUCCCUUAAUGCAUCAGAUGAAGUAGUGGAGUAUUUUGAAAGAGGGGUCGAAGGCAAGCUGGGUGGAGAGCAGGAGCCAAUCGAAGCUCCUCUGGGGCCCAUGGCAUCAAUGGAGAUGCUGCUGCAUGACUCCAUGAAGCUCGGAGGAGGCAACUUCCUGUUCAGCCAGCCCUCAGAGAAGCCAAGGAAGUCAUCCAUUUUAAACCCUACUGUUAUUCCUCCUGGCCUGGCACAGGUGCUUUCUGCUUUCCAGGCGCAGCAAACUACAGCAGCUCAACCCCAGCUGCUCAUACCUCUGAGCAGCAUUCCCUCUUAUAGCGCAGCUAUGGACACCAACCCUCUGCUGGGUGGCACCUACAAGAAGUUUCCCUACCCCUCAGUGGCUGAGAUCAACAGUCUGGCAGGGCAGACGCAAUUCACAGAGGAGCAGAUUAAGGUAUGGUUCUCUGCCCAGCGGCUGAAGCACGGCGUCAGCUGGACCCCAGAGGAAGUAGAAGAGGCUAGGAGGAAACAGUUCAAUGGCACCGUGCACACUGUGCCUCAAACUAUCACUGUCAUACCUGCUCACCAGCUCUCAGCUGCUGCCAACGGCCUACAGUCCAUUCUUCAGACCUGCCAGAUAGUGGGCCAGCCAGGCUUGGUAUUCACGCAGUUGGGUCCAGGAGGAAACCUUCCAGUGACCAAUCCCAUCACCCUGACAGUGGCAGGUCUGCCCAGUCAGUCCCAGAGCUCCAGCAGAGUUUCCUGCCAGUCCACCCCAACAAACAGUGAUCUUAAACGGGCUACCACCAUUCAGCCCCCCUCUCUUUCCCCCCAGGAGAACUCAGCCCUGAAUGCAGACACAUUCAGUAUGCGGCCCAAGAAGUCCAAAGAGCAGCUGGCGGAGCUGAAAGCUAGCUAUCUUAAAAACCACUUUGUCAGUGAUGCAGAGAUCGCACGCUUGAUGAACAUCACCAAUCUGACCAAGGGUGAGAUCAAAAAAUGGUUCAGUGACACCAGGUACAACCAACGAAACUCCAAAAACAAUGUGAUUGUUUUCCACGACGGAGGUAGCAGAGGAGGAGGCGGUAGCUGUAGCAGCACCGCCAACGCCACCAUAGUCAUCGACUCAAGCGACGAAACCCCGUCAUCCCCGCACCGUGCCCGCACGCCUCCUGUGAGGGAGAAGGAGAUGCGGCCCAAGACGUGGAAUCCUUUUCCCGACUUCACUCUGCAGAAGUUUAAAGAGAAGACACCGGAGCAACUGGUGGUGCUGGAGGAGAGCUUUGAGAAGAGCAGCACUCCGUCAGAUGAAGAGCUGAGCCGCCUGAGAACGGAGACAAAACUGACACGCAGGGAGAUUGAUGCCUGGUUCACAGAGAGACGAAAAAUGCCGACAAUCAGCACACCCUCCCCAGAUUCUUCUGAGGGAGGGCCAACGGACACCGGUGGAUUGAACACUGAUGUUGGGGCUUCUUGCUCUCCCUCUUCCUCUCGUACGGUUAGUCAGACUCCGCCCGGAGGCCGCAGUAAGCAGAUAGCAACCAGCAGCAGCAGAGACAUCAAAGAUAAGACUAAAAAGACUCCAGAACAGCUCCAUCUUCUUAAAAGUGCCUUUGUGCGAACUCAGUGGCCCACCACAGAGGAAUACGAACAGCUAGCACAGGAAAGCGGUCUGCCCCGACCUUACGUUGUCAGCUGGUUCGGGGAUUCUCGGUACUCCUGGAAGAACGGGAACCUUAAAUGGUUCUUUCAGUACCAAAGUGGCAACGUGGAGGGCCCAAACAGUGGGGGGAGCAACAAAUUGGGUAGUCGAAAAAGACGUCCCAGAAAUCGUGGUUGGGGGAGAUCUCGAACCCGCAAGCAGCCAAGGCGGUCCGCCUCGUUUAGUUCAGACAUGGACAUGUGUCCCCCGCCAAAGAAAUUCAAGAGCGGCAGGGACAUCCUGAAGGAGUAUUACCUGAAGCACCGCUUCCUCAGUGAGCAGGACCUGGAUGAGCUUGUCACCAAAACCAAUAUGAGCUAUGAACGGGUGAGGGAAUGGUUCGCUGAGGUCCAGAGACGACUGGAUAUGGGGGCAGACCCCUUCCAGGAGCCGACUUUGGGGAGGGCAGACGGAGGAGAAGGGGCAGACGAGAUCCGGAUAGAGGCAUCGAGUGCCAACAAGGAGCCCUCAGGCGCUGAAAUGGGAGAGGAGGACGAAGAUGACGACGAGGAGCAUGAUGAAGGAGACACAGAUGACAGUGAGUGGUUCUGUGACAGCGCUGCUCUCCACACAGAUGAUUCUCUGCAGAAGCAGAAAGUUUUUAAAUUUCGAGGUGACCUGGCUGUGCGGCAAGGCAAUUACCAGACAGGCCUGGAUGCGUACAGCAGUUGUCUAGAUUGGAUCGGCAACAACAAUCUGUCUAUUAAGAGAGAUAUAUUGGAGGGAAUGGUUCGAUGUUGCACCAAGCUUGGUCAUAGAGACAGAGCGAUGGACUUGGUUGACAUUCUGAGCAAAGAAGCAUCAAACACGUGUCACUUGACCAGCCUGCUGCUGCUUAAGGUCAGCGUCUACCAACAUUUUGGUGCCAUCGGUCCCAGGAUGUUGUCUCUGCAGGACCUGUGCAGCUUGUUGCCCUUUAACCCCUGGAACUGGUUCAACCUGGGAAAGAUGUGUGUGCAGCUGCUAGAGGACAACACAGCCUUGGGUAGCCAUCCUUUUAAAGUUGAAUCAGAUUGCACCUGUGCUUUCUUAUUGUCUAUCUUAAUGUAUGCAGAGAAGAGCGCAGAAGCUGAGGACCCAGCAUAUCUCGCUGAAGGGAAAGUGUGGCUGAAGGCCUGCACAUGUCUCAUCAGGACCAGACUCCUGCUAGGAAUCUUACAGCAGCAGCAGUCAUCCUUUGUGCUGCGGCGUAACCAAAAUGUCCUGCAAUCAGCAGAGGAAGCCCUAAAACAUCUUAACCCCAAAGAAAGCACUCUGCACACCCUCACUGAGGUGCUGUCAAAAGACCUGAACCCAGAGAAGAUGAAGGAGGACUACCAAGACGGCGAGAGUCUGUCCAGCGUGUGCUUGCAGAGCUUCAGUGAACGCUGGUGGAACAACAGCUUACUGACAGGAGUUCUGGAGGCUGAAGGACGAGACACGCGGAGCGACAAAACGUAAUGAAUGUUCCUGCGUGAACACAAAGCUGCUCUCAAUUUAGAAGAGAACUUGGACUGUUUCCCUUGUUCCAAGAAUUGAAAAAUCCAUCAAACAGCAUGAUUUUGUCUGUUAACUUGAUGGCAAAUGGAGAAGUACAUGGUGGGAUUAAAUGUCACAUGAUUACGAUCACAAGAUUUAAAUGAUUUAGUGACCUUAAUGUGCGUCAUAGAAGGAACAAAGAUACAUUUGUAAAUCUGUUUUUUUAUUUACUUGAAAAUGUUAAUGCCUUAGGAUAUUUUAAUAAAAUAUUAUUUUAUGUCAUGUUUAUUUUAUUUUUUUACACCA